CGAGUUGUUUUCUCCUACUUUGAUAUUAUUACCCCCUCCGUCCUUGAAACAAUUGCCAGUUGUUCUCCUUUUUCCAUCGCCGCCGCUGAAAUCCACCCUUCUCGCAAGCACGAGUCUUGCGGCUGUCAAACCUGUACAUCUGUCCACAAAGGCCUACGCUCGUUAUAUCCCUUACCUCUGACCCCUUCAUCGACUCUACUCCUCACCAACUAUCGCCGCUCCCGCCGCCCGUCAUCGUUGACCGAUAUACCGCUCCAAACCUAUUGAAUUCAAUUACACUACACUCGUUAUCAUGAAGGCUCUCAUUCUUGUCGGGGGUUUCGGUACCCGUCUACGUCCAUUGACUCUCACUCUCCCAAAGCCCUUGGUCGAGUUUGCCAACCGUCCUAUGAUCCUCCACCAAGUUGAGAGCUUGGCAGCCGCUGGUGUGACAGACAUUGUCCUCGCUGUCAACUAUCGACCAGAUAUUAUGGUCUCUACACUUAAAAAGUACGAAGAAGAAUAUAACGUGAAAAUCGAAUUUUCCGUCGAAUCCGAGCCACUAGGCACUGCCGGCCCCUUGAAGCUUGCGGAAAAGAUCCUCGGCAAAGACGACAGCCCGUUCUUCGUCCUCAAUUCCGACGUCAUCUGCGAGUAUCCAUUCAAGGAACUCGCGGAGUUUCAUAAGAGACACGGAGACGAAGGUACGAUUGUGGUCACAAAGGUGGAGGAGCCCUCAAAAUACGGUGUCGUUGUUCAUAAGCCAAACCACCCUUCCCGGAUCGACCGAUUCGUCGAGAAACCCGUCGAGUUCGUCGGCAACCGCAUCAAUGCCGGCAUCUACAUCCUCAAUCCUAGCGUACUGAAGCGCAUUGAGCUUCGUCCUACCUCAAUUGAACAGGAGACUUUCCCUGCCAUUUGCAAGGAUGGCCAGCUUCACUCCUUUGACCUUGAAGGCUUCUGGAUGGACGUCGGCCAGCCCAAGGAUUUCCUGACCGGAACAUGUCUCUAUCUUUCUUCUCUCACCAAGCAAAAGUCUAAGCUCCUGUCGCCCUCCACUGAACCAUACGUUCAUGGCGGAAACGUCAUGGUCGACCCUUCAGCCAAGAUCGGCAAGAACUGUCGCAUUGGGCCCAACGUGACGAUCGGGCCAAACGUUGUCGUCGGCGACGGCGUUCGGCUGCAACGAUGUGUCUUGCUUGAAAAUAGCAAGGUCAAAGACCACGCCUGGGUGAAAUCCAGCAUUAUCGGUUGGAACAGCUCGGUUGGCAAAUGGGCACGAUUGGAGAACGUCAGUGUUCUAGGUGAUGAUGUUACCAUUGGCGAUGAAGUUUAUGUCAAUGGUGGUUCCAUUCUCCCUCACAAGAGCAUCAAGCAAAAUAUUGACGUGCCCGCUAUUAUCAUGUAAAUUUGAUGACGGGGUUGAACUUAUGUUAUCUCUC